AGAUGGUGCCGAUAGCAUCCUGCAGUUCACUUCAGAGCUGGCAACACACCGGUUGUCUUGUGUAGCUUUCCUGGGUCCCAUGAUAUCCAAAAGAUGACGCCAAUGAUAGGAUCCAGCAACAGAGAAGUGAUACGAGUGAAAGUGAAGAAAAGUGAUGGCUACAAACAGCCCGAGUACAAGAAGUUCAGCAUCGACCCUCAGAUUACGUCAUUUGAGGUUCUUCAGAGUCUCCUAGCGAGAGCAUUUGAUGUCACUGGUGACUUCACAGUGAGUUACCUGGCUAAAGAUGAGCGAGGACAAGAUUGUUACCUGGCUUUGUUGUCUGACUGGGACCUCGACGCAGCUUUUCUUUGUGCAUCAGAACCAUGCCUUAGACUGAAAGUGGACCUUAAACCCUUUGAGGAUGGUCUCGAUGACUGGGACAUCAUUGCUCCCAUGGAUGUACCGGUGAUGCAGGCGCCGAGCACAAGCCAGUCUUUUCUGGCCUCCCUGUCUGACUCCAUCUCAACACAUGUCGGGAAAACUGUCUCACAUGUUCAGAAAGUCAUUAGUAGAAGAGGAGAAGAUGAUUACAAGCCAGUAAAACCUCCCAUGGGUGAUAAAGAAUUACAGAACUUUCUGGACUCUGAUGGAUGCCUGCUCAACCCCCAGGAGUUCCGCUUUAGUGUCUACCAGGGAGGGGUGGAGCCAUCUUUGCGCAAAGUUGUGUGGCGCCAUCUAUUGAAUGUGUUCCCAGAUGGCUUGUCGGGGAAGGAGAGAAUGAGCUAUCUCAAGAAGAAAUCUCAAGAAUAUUACAAGUUGCGAGACUUUUGGCGCGACCAUGUGAACACUAAUGAAGAGCUGAAGUACAUUACAAACAUGGUCAAACGCGACGUCUUGCGAACUGAUCGCACACACAAAUUCUUUGCUGGUGCUGAUGAUAACAAAAACAUUGUGUCUCUGUUUAAUAUUUUAGUCACCUAUGCUGUCACUCACCCAGAAGUGUCUUACUGCCAAGGUAUGGGAGAUGUUGUGUCUCCCCUGCUCUUUGUUCAACAGGACGAGGCAAAUGCGUACCUUUGCUUCUGUGCGAUCAUGAGGCGGAUGAAACACAACUUCAUGAUGGAUGGCCAUGUCAUGACCACAAAAUUCCAACACUUGUCGUUACUUCUCCAGAAACAUGAUCCAGAGUUUUAUGCCUACUUGAAGCACCAUGACGCUGACGACUUGUUCUUCUGCUAUCGCUGGCUGCUGCUGGAACUGAAGAGGGAGUUUCCUUUCAAUGAUGCUCUCUACAUGUUGGAGGUACUAUGGAGCUCCAUCCCCCCUGAUCCUCCCGAGAUUGACCUUGAGCUGACUGGGCCUGGCUUCACCAUUGGCUCUGCCUCGCUUUCUCCAGGAUCUCCAUUUGGAAGCAAAGAAACUGCCUACUCACGCUUGCGUGCCAUGUACAGACGGCUGCAUCCAACGCCAUCCAGUUCAAACCCGCCACCCAAAGUCAUUGUUGCGGGGAAAAAUCCAAGGAGCCCAUCCCCUCAAAGAUUGGGGCCAGACUCCAAGGCAUCGACUCCAAAGGGCGCAGUGCGCUGUGUGGAACCCAUCACCCCAUUGGAUGAGAGCAAAACCCUAGAGGGCUCUGAUGAGUACGUCCCUGUCAGUGACCCCGUCACCAAGGCCAUACUAGCAAAAUCGGCCAGCAUUGACAAGUCCCUGGUGGACAUGGGAAAAAUGGGGUCCACCACAGGAAGUACAUUGUGCAAUUCAGAUGUGACUGAAGCUGAGGAAAACAGUGGCAGUUUUGAAUUCCCCUCUAACGAGCUGACUGAUACUGACACCAGUAAACGGGAGCUGUGCAAUGACAGCAUAGAAAAUGAUAGUCAAAAACUGUGCAGUGAUAGCACUUUUGGUGAUAAGUCAUCUAGUUUUGAAUCCAUUGGAACUCGGAACUCGUCGUCAGUGUCCCUUGCCUCUAAUUGUAGUGAUAUCUGGAAAGGAGAUUGCCAAGGAAAUUCUGUGUUUUUUGUCACAUUAAAUGAGAUGGGAAAAGAAGAGGCUCAGCAUCAGGGUGGUUUGUCUCAGAAACAGAAUACUAACAACAAUAACAACACCCAGCCUAAAGAUGGUCAGAGAACCACCCAAAGUCAAAAUGGAAGUGAGAUUCGCCAGCAAAGGCCACCCGACAUUAAACUCCCAGCGCCACUUAAUUUAGCAAUGGCUGACACAACAAGUCUUGCAUCACGCGAUUCUGGGAUUAACAAUUCCCAGGCGUCUCACUCUCAGCCUGAAACUCCAACUAAAGGCUAUUUUGACUCUGGUUUUACUGACCAAGUAGAUCUGACCUCUUGUACUGACCAUUUGACCACACAGGUGGACUGUGCCAGUAGGCUUCACGAGUUGCCGCCGCCAAGCGAGUUUGGCUGCGGCAAUCCAUUCCUGGUUUUUAUGUGCCUAACGCUGCUGGAACAACAGAAAGAGACUAUCAUGCUGAACGCUAUGGACUAUAACGAUCUUGCGAUGCAUUUUGAUAAGAUGGUGAGAAAGCAUAAUGUACAGGCGGUGCUGAAGCACGCACAAGGGCUGUAUCAACUUUAUCUACGUUCCCAACAAAACUGGUUUGAGGAGAGCUCAGAAUCGGUUUCCGACUUUGGACCUAGUCUGUAAUAUAUAUAUGAAAAGCUGCAGUUAGUGUUGCUCUCUUUUGUAUUGUCAUUGUCUACCUAUUAACAGUGCAAUUCCUGUGGACAUGUAUGUGAGCACAAUGGAGGCAUUUUAAAAUGAUCAGGAUUUCCAGAAAUCUUAGUGCACAUGAGCUAGUUUACACGAGAAAAAUGCUGUUGGCCAUAGUGUGACCUACAUAGUAGCCACUGUAAUUUGGGAGAGGUAGUGUAAUGUGUUGCCAUUGAACUUUUCCCUCUUCUAAAUUGUGGAAAUUGUGGUUUAAAAGUGCACCCCACUUAUUGUAAAUACAUGUAGCUCCAGUAUUAUUGUGGAGAAAUAUAGCUCAUGUUUACCCCAGGUUUGUUUUUACAGGGGUCAUACAGGUGUAGCUGCAUUACCAAUCAUGGCCAAUAUGUGAAAAUAUCAUAUUUUAGCUUCUUUGUACAUAAUAAUAUAAUAUUAGGUACAUUUUUUUUUUCUGUAGAGGUGUGGUGCCCGUGGUUGAUGAGCUCUUUUUUUUUUAGAGCAAGAUGGUGCAAAAUGCAAAAGAAAUGAGUGCCUUUUUGUUAAACUGAAGAAAUUGUCUGAACAUGAAGAAUGUAUGUGAUCUAAAUCUUGCUGAUGAUCAGUCUUGAGUUAUUUUUACACCGCAUGAGUGAACACAUGUUAGAUAAACUGUAAUGAGAGGGGUAAUUGGUAUUAUACAUUUCUGACAAUCAUGUCUCUUUCUUGAUCCAUAGCUCAAUGUGAAUGGUCAUAAAUUUGAAUUUGGCAUUUGUUGAAGUUUGAUUUUCUCUUUUCUCUCAAAUAGAAAGGUUUUUUACUGAUUUCUUAAAUGCACUUUUGCUCACCUUACUGUCUCACUCGGUCAUGGUCCCAAAUAAGGCUCUAAAAAUAUAAUUUAUUUUAUUAUUUUUUUUAAGAAGUUAAAAGUUCUGUCCUUUAAUACAUGUGUAGUACACAAAUUUGAUCUCAAAAAUAGUCACAAUUGGGCAACAUUGAGUGAAUUUCAAAGCUAGGUUUUGGCUAUUUUGAUUGUGAAUUAAGAAUUCCAUCUCAGAUAAAAGGUCUCUGGUUAUAUUUUUUUGCCCCGAUUUGAUUGUGAAGUAAUUUUUAGUGGGAAUGUCUCCAUGAUUUGCCUACUGUUAGCUGUGAUAAGUAGAAAUUAAUUGCAUUUUCAACUCAAAAGAUUGUUAGUUUGGAAAACAAAUUAAAGCUGUUGGCUGGAAAUAGUUUUUCAUGAAGGUGCCAUUUAUAGUUGUCAUAAAUGUAAUUUUCAAAGCAUCAGAUGCACUUGCAGACUUGUCUUUUAAACUUAGAAUAUAAACAAAAUUUCCAUGUUAGCACCAAUGUUGUACUCUGUUUUUUUUUUCUUCUUCUUCUAAUUAAAAUUACAAGCUUUGUAACUGUGAUAUCCUGAUAAUAUACCAGUGAAUUUGUUUCUGUGUUGAAUUCAUUUUCACUUUGAGUAAUGAUAAUGUGAUAUAUUGCAAGUGAUUUUUUGUUAGGCUUCGACCUACUGUUUCAAAUCAAAAAGGUUUUGAUUAAUUCAGUCCCAAAUAUUAGGCUAUCAGUAAAAGUGACAUCACUGAAACAGUGUCAUCAAUCAUUUAGGGUGUCAGAUGUUGAUAUUUAGCCAUAAAUCAUUACAAAUCAAGUCAGUUUAUAUUACAGUGCUGAGGUCUUACAAGAAUACUUUAGAAAAAUGAUUUAUUAUAAUAGAUUUUUAAAGAGUCAUGAAUACCAUUGAGAGGAUUUAUUCAUUUCCAUUUUAUUUUGUUCUGUGCAGGUUUUUGCAGGUUAACUGAUAAAGAUAUCCACAGUUCCCAAGUCUUAGGCACCAUUCAGAACAGUGGACUAACUAGACCCAGGGUAAAAUAUGGCGACCCAUUACAAAGCUAUUUGACCCUUGGACUAGUUAGUCCCCUAUUUUGAACUGGGCCUUAUAGAAAGUUCUUUUCUGUAGGCUUCACAAAGAACAGUCACGGUCAGUACUUUGAAACAAAGGUUGAUUAAUUGUAGCAUUGCCAACACAUGCUUUGUGCAGAUGUUUCAGCUGAGGUAGAGAGUCAACCAACUGCAAUUUGCAUACUUGUUAUAUUUGAAGAGAGAUGAAAUAUUGGGGAAAAAAAUAAAAGCUGAAUAAAUAUAA